AUGCUGCCGUACCUUGGGAGGCGCCGCACCAGCAAGGGCAAGGGGGGCAAGGGUUCGGGAGGGGCGGGCGGGGGCGGUGGUGGUGGCGGUGGGGGCGGCGGGGGAGGUGGGGGUGGGAGUGGUGGGGGGCGUGGGGGCGGCGGUGGUGGCAGUGGAGGUGGAGGCGGCGGUGGCGGCGGUGCGGGUGGAGGAGGCGGAGGCGGCAGUGGAGGUGGAGGCGGGGGCGGUGGAGGCGGCGGGGGUGGAGUUGGUCGGGGUGGUGGUCUGGAGUAG